AUGGACGCCAACAGCGCUCAAAACUCCAACAUUCUCGUCAAGUUUGCAAAUGUACUGAAAGAAUUUGAGAUCAGUGAACUGACGGAUCCUGGUUCGAAAGACGUGUUUGAUGUUGUGAAGGAUUUUCGUUCCGUAGCGGGAGAGGGGGCUUUAGAACUGGUAACGACUAACACAUCCACGACAAAUCGUUUGUUUGAGAAUUGGGAUCUUGAGGCCAAAUUAUGGCACUUAAUAGAGCUAUUGGUCAACUACCGAUGCUCAGAUAUUAGUCUAGAGGGAGACAACAGCCAAAUUCAGAGUGCGGAUUCAAUCUAUCGCAAAUCCUUGCUUGAAAACGACAGGUCACUCUAUGAACUAUGGCUGAUAAUCGUGUGGAUCCAGUCAAAUAUAAAAAUUCCGGAGAGGCCCGAAAAACUGGGGUCCAGUAAAUGGUCGAAUUCCUUCAUCUCUGGCGAUCUCAAGAGCAGUGAUUUAGACUACCCGCUCAGAGAUCCAAGCUGCAACAUAGAUGCAGAAGACAAGCAAUUGGAUCGAAGCUUCUAUAAGUACGCAUAUGAGCUGAUAUUAGCCGGCAAUAUGGACGAGGCAAGGAAAGAGUGCGAAUACACAGAUAACCUAACGUUGGCUUUGAUCCUUUGCGGCACUGAUAACGAUAUUGACCUUGACGAUAAGAGCCUAACUGCGGAUAAUUCGAAAACACAGGGUACAGUUCAGAGAAAGGCGUUAUGGAGGCGAGCCGUCUAUUCGAUGUCCAUGAACGAAGAUUUGGAUGAAUAUGAGAGAGCAAUAUACUCAUACCUAGCGGGCGACGUCGAAAAAGCUCCUAGCACAGUAAAAUCUGACUGGGAUGUAGAGCUUUUGAGAUAUCUGAAUCAAUCAUGGCAAAUAACGCUAGAAAAUCAUAUGCUGAAAGAUAAUCUAGUCGAUACAAAUGAACUUAUUGUACCCAUGGAAAAUGAACCCCUUCCGCUACAAGCAAUUUUAGACACGGUAUCGAGGAAGCAUAUACGCGAAAGCGAGCACCCGCUAAGAGUACUUAUGGGAGCUGUAAUGCUCGACAAAGUCCCUAUGGUGGUCAAAUCUUCAGUCACAAUGCUUGUGGAUGCCAUCAAGGGAUUGGACUCAGGCAACGACAUGGUUGAAGAGCCAUAUCUACUUAGAGUAGUCACCCACUUGACCAUACUGAUAGACAUGAUAUAUCCAGGAUCUAUCGACGAACAGGACAAAUCUCGAUUAAUCACUGCUUAUGUGACAAUCUUGUCACUUUACGAUUUGAACGACGUCAUUCCAGUAUACAUUAGCUUUUUGAGUGAGUCGGAGGUCUUGGAAGCAUACUCUUUUUUCCUAUCUAAGUUAGGGGAUACGGGUGCUCGUCAAAAACAGCUGGAACUGUGUCGGGUAUUGCAUAUGCCUACAGCAAAUAUCUUGAGGCGCACAACACAGAGAGUGUUCGAUGAAACCGAAAACUAUUAUGCUUCGAGCAGUGGUGUUAGCGUUCACUCUGAAGUUGAUGAAACUGACAAACGUCUAAUAACAGGUGCCGAAUGGUUAAUAGAAGGUAGAUUGUACGUGGACGCUCUCGAUUCGCUAGUGGUUAUUUCAAGGAGAUUCUUAAUAAACGGAAAAAUCAAUUCCCUUCGAUACGUCUUUGAGAAGGAAGACCUCGCCAAUAUAAUCAAAAACUACGAAUUGGAUACCAUAGCUGACUCAGAUAAACAAUCAACGGCAGUUGCUGAAAUAUAUCAGUACCAGUCACUGAUUAAUGUUUUCAAGCAGUUUGAACAAUGGAAACAACUGUCUACCGAUUCGUCGACUGAAUCAAGCAUACCACAAUUGCUGAAAUCAUUCAGAAAUAUUUCUGGUUAUGUCUACAAGGUGAUAAAAUCAUUCUUAAUGGAACUUUCAGAGGAAGCGAGUGUCAAAGACCAAGAUGUUCUUCAUGAAAUAAGAACGUUGUACAUUCCUCACAUGGUCAUCGAAUUGCAUGGAGCAUUGGUAGCAGCAGCAGAGAAGCUCAAAGUUGUUAGUUUUAUUUCCGAAGCUCUUGCUCUCGCAAGUUUGGUAGCAAAUGAAACCGACCGGAUAUAUUUACUGUUUCAAUCGAGUGGCAGAUUGGAAGAAUAUCUACAAACAAUUGCCAGAACUGCAACGUUAGCGAGGCCGCAGAUAAAUAGAGCUAAGUAA